UCAUGUUUCCGUGGAUAAGAUUUCCCUCUACAGAACUGAAAACAGAGCAAGCUUUUUACUUGCUGAUUUUGGGAAGAGAGGAGUGCUAAAAUAGAAGCGAAGUGAAAAAUGGAGGUGGGCAUGUCUCUAAACGCUCUGGUUAGGCUUCCGUCAUCAAGAACACUGUUACUGCACGAAGAUGGAGGAGGGUUAGUCAAGCACUCACUCUUCUCUACUAGGAAGUCGACGGCGCAAACAUCUCUAAAGAAGCAAGGCCAAGGCCACAUGUUACUGGUUGUUAAAGCCAAAGGAAAGAAAGGAAUUCAAACACGUCAGUUUCAAAGACCACCUCCAACACCUUCCUUGCCCAAGAUUGAAGAUGAUGGCAACCCCAAAUUUCUUAUCUUCAUUCGCGUGGCCAAUGUUUAUCUAUGGUACCCGCUUAGUCUUAUAACAGGUGGUACCACUGCCAAAAUCAUGGUUGCUGCCAAAGAUAAUUUUCUGGGAAAGUACAUCUACAAAGAUACUCUUGCUCGAAAUCUUGCUGCAGUUAUUUACAAAGAUGAGAAGGAGAUACAGAAAACAGCAUUUAAGCAGCAUCGAGUAUUGCGGUCGGCAACUGAAUUCAGAUAUGGUUACAAGCUCGUUGAAAAUGGUAACUUGAGAGCUGCUCUUUCCAUAACGGAUGUCAUUGAGCUUCCAACUCAAGACAAACUAAAAACAGUGCUUGAUAAAGUGAAAGACUUCUUUGGCGAUGCAAAAGAAUCUUUUGGGAAGCUCACAGCACUAAACUCAACUGCAACUGAAGAAGAAGUUUCAAAAGAAAAGGCCAACAGCUAAAGGCAGAAGGUGAAGAAACCAAACUCUUGACAAUCGCAGAGACAAUUGCUUCUUUGAAUUUGAAAAGUGUCGGGCAAUACAUACAAAGUGGCUUUGGUAAGAGGGUUCAAAGAUUUCUGUUGGUAAACUGGAAUUUAUAUAUCAUUUUGUAGAAGCAUCUAAAUUCAGUUUAGCUUUUCUGCUCUUGUAUGCAAUAUCUCGAUAUUGAAAGAUCUCCGCAAAUUGGGUA